AUGGUUGGUAGAAUGGACAAGGACAGUGAUGAGUACUGGCAUCUGAGACCCAUAUAUAGCGACGAUUAUCCCAAAUUCCCUCCCAUUAAUGUGGUGGAGCCCCUAUCGGCUCGCAAUCUUUUCCAGCUUUAUGUCAAUGCCUUCAUUGGCUCCAAUUUCGCCGAAUCGUUUGUGUUUCCGCUGGACGUGGCCAAAACCCGGAUGCAGGUUGAUGGUGAGGAGGCCAAAAGAUCGGGUACUAAGAUGCCCAAUUUUUUUGGCACUUUACGUAACAUGUGGAAAGUGGAGGGCUUCAAGUCGAUGUACGCCGGAUUCUCGUCGAUGGUUACCCGGAAUCUGCUCUUCAACUCGGGACGUGUGGUCUUUUACGACAUCUUCCGGCGACCCUUUCUGUACAUCAACGAGCGCAACGAGGAGGUCCUUAGCGUCACAGCCGCCUUGGGCUGCGGCUUCACAGCCGGAUGCAUUGCCCAGGCCAUAGCCAAUCCCUUCGACAUUGUCAAGGUGCAGAUGCAGACGGAGGGCAGGCGCCUCCAGCUGGGCAAGCCGGCACGGGCCAGCAACAUGUUUCAGGCGUUCGCGGACAAUUACAGAUCUAGCGGCCUGCCCGGAAUGUGGCGGGGCAUCGGACCCAGCUGCUUCCGGGCCUGCAUGAUGACCGCCGGGGACGUGGGCAGCUACGAUCUGAGCAAACGCACCUACAAGCGCACAUUCCAGCUGGAGGAGGGAUUGCUUUUGCGCUUCUACUCUUCCAUGACGGCAGGAUUCGUGGCCUCCGUGCUCAGUUGUCCGGCGGACGUGCUCAAGUCCCGGAUGAUGAACCAGCCUUUGGACAAGGAUGGCAAGAAUCUUUACUACAAAAACACAUUGGAAUGCCUGAGGAUUAUUGUGAAGGAGGAGGGCCCGAUUAUCCUGUAUAAGGGAUUGUGGCCAACCUGGUUUCGACUGGGGCCGUUCUCCGUGCUCCUUUGGCUAUCGAUCGAGCAGCUCCGGGAAUGGGAGGGCCAAUCGGGAUUCUGAUACUGGAGAUUAGAGAUGCGGCUGUUUUACGAAAGAAAACAAGGGUCCAGAUCAAAAUUCCUGAUGUUUUACACUUACGGGGGAUAUUUCAAAAUUAUUGUAAAUAAUUGUACCAAUCUGGAUGUUAUAUAACCAGUACUUGUAGUAAAUUUUUGCAAAUGUAAUGACAUAAGCUUUAUAUUUUUGUUACGAAAAUGUAGUUAAAAUUGUAUACAAAUUAUAUAUUUUUAAAUUGAUUUUAAUGUCUAUAUUUCUUGUUCUUAAAAUGAGGAUUUAAUGGAAUUAUUAAGGUUUAAAUCCAAUUAUAUUUUUUAGAAAGAUUAUGUAGAAUUCAGAAACCCUCUACUUGAACUAUUUUUUCAAAAUUUUAGUGAGAAAAACUAGAAUAAAUCGAAACUCAACCGUUAGCAAGAACACGCGCCUAAAAUUGCGAAGAAUAGGAAGCCCCAAACACCACUAACGAUAAUUAUUGGGAAUAUUUUUUGGUGAUUAAUUAAACGGCGGAAAAAUACUGACUGAAAAUCACCUUGAAAUUUAUCCAAGAUCUAGAUUUUAUCUCUAAACCGAAAGAUAUAUUUAAAAAUGCCAAGAAAUAUUCACAUGCAAUGCCCAAAAUUUAUGGGGCAGGUGGACAAGGAUCUCCUCCGGCUGUCAAAAACGCAAGUGUAAGCAAAAAAAAAAAAAAUUAAUUGCAGAGAAAUAUUUAUUUUUGGAAGAUAUUUUUCGACUCACACCCAUUGCCACAGAUAAUGCAGGCACGAAAAUAACCUACUUGACCUUUAAUUAAAUUAAACCAUAAAAGACCAGUGCUUUGACUUUGACAAUCGCGAUAAUCGAACAGAGUUCAAUGAUCUAUCGAUUACCGAUAGCCCCCAGCCCCAGCCCCAGUCCAGAACCCACAACCCAAAAAAAGAAUAAUGCGCCGUAUGCUAAUUUUCAUGAGGAGCUUUUCGUUUGUCUCACUCGCCUUUUUUUUAUUUCAAUAGUAUUAAAGUAUCGUAUUAUAUAUUUUGCUUUUUUUUAUAUCCGUAAAUUAUGCAUUCGGUUUUCAUUUCACGUUUCGUUUGCAUGUAGUUUGGGCUGGAGGUUGGAGGAUCAGGAUAGAUCGGAUGGGUUAGACGGAUCAGGACGUGGAUUCUGGGGGGGGAUCUCUGGGGAAAGUUCUAUAAAGUUUCUGUUCGCGAAAGAAGACUUUAGAUUAGCUUAAACAUAAAAAAAUAAGCCAUUUAAAUAUGAAUAUGGUUACACAUGCACUUUGUUGUUACGGCUAGCGUUAUGUAAGUGGUAGGUGAAUGGCAUCCAGAUAGGGGGGAAGGUUCAGCAAUAUAUAUUCCUGAGGCGGAAACUGCUAUAUGCUAAUGAUUUCAGAGCGAUAUACACAUACUUUUGCUAGGAUUUCGUAUGAAACAUGGAAAGCAACGCUUCAAAAAAGGAGUGAGAGAGCUACCUACAAUAGAUGAUAUUAGAGUGACACAUAUGGCGGGAAAAUACUUGACAUGAUCUGAAUAUGAACACUUAUAUAUGAUGGUGCCUUGGCGCGUAUCUGGUAUAAAAAAGAUGGAAACACCACUGCGAACUGCCACUCUGUUGUGUAUUCAUGAGAUACUUCCAUUUUUGUUUUCGUUUUCACCACAAUAAAAAUAGAGCAUCGUCAUGGAUCUCCAAAUAGUUUACAUAUAUAAAUAUAUAUAUAUAGAUAUAUUUAAUUUAUAUUGGUUGGUAUUUUCCUGUGUCUAUGUGUGUGUCUUAUGUGUGUGUGUUUAGUUUCCUCUCAUUCCCUUCGAUUCAUUUCCGUUGGCCUCCAACUAUUUCCCUCGUAUCUGGCCUGGCGCUGCCCUCCUUCCUACGGGUCGGGUCGGUCUGUUCUGGUAUGGUCUGUCAGCUGAAAUCUUCCCUCACUCUCUCUUUUCUUAAUUUUUUUCCUUUUUUUUUUUUUAUAAAACCUGCGUGUGUACGUUUUGUAUAAAUAUACAAGAACAGCAGUAUCGAUUGUGUAUACAUUUCUAUAUAAAAAUCGUUUCAAAAAUUUGCCUGUUUUUUUUUUUUUAAUUUUGUAUUGAUGUUAAUUCUUAUAUAUUUUUUUUUGUAAUUUUUUUUUUAUUUUUUACUUUUGCGUUGUUUAUUUAGCAGUUCUUGUUUACGCAUUUUGUAAGGAUGUUUUAGUUUAGUAUCCACUUUAAUGACUGAGUUCUUAGUUAUGCUUUGAUUUAGUUUUAUGUUUUUCCUUUUAUUUUGUUUUUAUCAUAUAAACCAAAAAGUUUUAAAUAUAAUAAUGCAGAAAUUUAUAAUUUGGAGUUUUGGGUAAUUAUUUGCGUUUUUUUCACAUUAUUUUAGCAUUUUUCCUCGUUUCUCCUUCAUCUUCUUCUGAUACACACAAAAAAACCGCAAAUUACUCUUCUUGGCCGUUGUUUUUUUUUUCCAUAAAUUUAAAUAUUAAUAAUUACUUUUUUUUUAUGUGUUUUUUAGUUCAUUUACGGUUUUUU